AUGUCAAAAGAAAAACUUACUCCCUACUUUGAUUAUUUCGAUGAAUAUACUGCUGAUAGCUGGUCCUACUCAAGCUUUAUUCGCUACGCUCUUGGCAAAAGGUUGCUUCCGUCUGACCCUAUAAGAGUCUAUAACUAUAAGUACAAAAAGUGUCUGGAUUUUAUCGAACAAAAUUACAAUCCUUUGAAGCGCUCAAAGGCAUUUUCACUAAAGAGGUCGUUCAAGCUUGGCUCUCAGCCAGGUCAAUACUAUACGGAGUGCCCUCGCGCCACUCUGGGUUUCCUUGACGUGUUGCUGCUAUUGUGUUUUAUUAAACAAAACAUCGAUACUAUACAGGGUGCCCUCGCGCCACCCUGGCUUGACAAAAAAAUGGAAGAAAAGUGGUUAGCCAACCUUAAUGAAUUAGCAAAAAAUGAAGAAAUCGCAGAGCGCGAAUAUAAUGCAUCACUAAACAAAGAUGUAAGGAAAGAGAAGAUGAUAUACUCCAGCUACCUGUUAGAAUCACGGAAAUCCAAGCAUCAAAUUGACAGAGAGGAAGAUGUGACGUCAACUAAAAGGCGAAAAGAUUUAACAAAUGUAUCACUUGAAGAUGAUGGCAGAAGUAAUAUGAUCAACGUUGCGUAUCCUGGAAAAAGUAUGGAUGAUAGGUCAAUGUUAGAGUCAGCAGAUUCGAAAAUGAAUCAAGUGAAUAAUAAUUUGCGUUCGUCAUCAUCUGCACCGUCUUUUAAAUUUAAUAAUGAAGAAGAUAUCGAGCCUGAAUAUUACGAUGCCAGGGAAAAAACAAUAAUUGUUUAUUCGUGGAAAGAUGCGAUUGACAAGAUUGAUUUUAGGAAUACUUCAAAGAAGGAUUGGAUUUUUGAAAGUUAUAAUCUUUCCAAUGAGUUCCGUAAUUUUCAAAGACUGACGAUUCAACAGGUCAAGGAAAAACCAUAUUUGUGUUAUAAAAAAGACAUUCAAAAAAUUCUAUGUUUAUCAAAUAUAAUGUUGAUUGAGCGGAUAAAACCGGCAUACUUAUCUUGUGAUUUGGCAAGUUGGAAUACUAUCCGUCGAAGAAAAACAUCUUCCUAUUUGCCAUCGGUAGUUAUCAAUGUAGUUCUAGAAUAUUCAUUGUUGUUAAAUUCUUUUACGCCACUAGAAGAAAUGGAAGACAGAUGGUGCAAAAAUUUCUCCAUGGUCACAGAACUGGAUAAAAUAGAUAGAGUCAAUUUUUGCAAAUGCCAAAUCAUAUUACGGAACUUCUUUUUAUUAGGCUUUAUUAAUAAAAAUAACGAAGAUGACUUUGUCCACAACACUUUACAUGACAUGAUCAAUGAAAUUUUUCGUGACCCAAUGCUAGAAUUGGUAUGGGCGAAUAGCGAGAGUUCUGCUUCAAAAAGUCGACGUCUUGGCAAUAAGGAGAAUAUUACCGUUAAAGGUAAUGAACCCGAUUUCAAAAUUUCAACCAAUACUAAAGAUGAAAUUCUCUUUGGAGAAGUUAAACCAAGGGACCCAUCUUCUAUAUUGGUUAAAAAAGAUUUAGUUAGACUUGCAGAGUUUCAGGCAGGUACUUUGGAUGAGUUAAUCAAAAAGUAUGGAAACAAGGUCGGGAUAAUUUCUUUUGGUAUAUGGAUAUGUGAUGAACAUAUUCGCAUCUACGAGAUGGAUUUAAAUUAUGAUGGAAUAUAUAGGAUGAUCUUGGUUGCAGAUGUAUGUGUUCCAAUAGAACGGGAAAAAAUUGUAGGCUUGGUGCCAGUUUUGGAAGCAUUUUAUAAUAUUAAACAUCGUAUUUCCGAAGCUUUAACGGUAAUUACUUCUAGCACCCCACUUAGUUCUCUAUCAUGUUCUUCCUAUGGCAGAGCGUCUAUCCCUUCACCAAAACCUGUUAAGAUUACAAUUGUUGGUCUACAACAAAAUUAA